AUGCUCAAAAGUUUUUCAGACCAGUCACUUUUCCAUUUUCAUUAUCAACAACAUUUCUUGCUAUGCACUAAUUUUCUUGGAACUUUACAUCAGAAACUUCUUGCAGAUAUUAAAUCUGGAAAAUGGUAUCCAAAACACAUUGCAGAACUGGAUUAUAUUUGCAAUAAUAUUAUUAUGUACUGUCCAAAUGAUCCAACUGGACUAAAUGCUGAUCAUGCUAGCUUUAAAGACAAAACCUAUCGAAAAAGACGAGAAUGGUUUUAUCAGUUAGCAAAUAAUUACAAACAGCAAACGAUAUAUCAGGAUUUAAAAAUUCUGCAUCGUGAAUUGGCUUGUGAAGAAUUUUUGAAUAAUUUCAAGAUGCUUGAAAGUCAGUGUGGUUACUCGAUGAACCAAAUUCCACAAUUAGAAGACAUCUCUAGUUACCUCAAAACAAAAACUGGUUUCAUUCUACGUCCAUGCGGUGGCUAUUUAACUCCUCGAAAUUUCCUUGCUGCACUAGCAUUUCGGGUAUUUUGCUGUACACAAUACAUACGUCAUGGAUCUGAUCCACACUAUACUCCUGAGCCUGAUUUGUGUCAUGAACUGCUUGGUCAUAUGGCAAUGCUUAUCAACCCAGAAUUUGCGCAACUCACUCAAGAAAUUGGGAUUGCCAGUCUUGGCUCGUCUGAAGAAAAUUGCAAAGCCUUGGCGCGGCUGUACUUUUUCACAGUCGAGUUUGGUUUACUAACGGAAGGCCAAGAAUUUGACAUACAAAAGCGAAAUUUAAAGGUUUAUGGCGCUGGAUUGUUAUCUUGUUUUGACGAGCUAAAAUUUUGCGUAUCACGUAAUGCUGUAGUUCGUCGAUUUGAGCCAAAAGAUGCAAUUUUAAUGGAACCUGAAGUCACAAAAUUUCAAAAUGGCUACUUUUAUUCAACAAGCAUUAAUGAGGCGUUGAACAAGAUUAAGUAUGCGAAUUUACAAAAAAAAAAUCUUUGA